GAGAGCGCGAGGGAGGAAGGAAUGAAUGGUGGUGCCUUGGUAGGUUCAUGCGGCUCCUGCUGUGGUGGACGCUGCGGGCCCUUGCCGGCCUAAAAACCGGGAGGCAGUGGCUGGGCUCUCGGGGGCCUCAUAGCAUCCCCUCUCCCACCAUGGAGCGGGCCGUGGUGCGCUGCGUCCCAGCCGAGCCCAAACUCAGCGUCUCGUUCGUGCUGGGAGAUGGCAGCGCCCGGCAUAUGCAGCGGGACCAGACGGAGCCUCUAGGUCGGGCUCUGGCCCGAAUCGCCAACAACGCCGGCAAAGGCAAUGCCAAGGCGGCCAAGAAGAGCAAGAAAGCGCGGGCCGAAAGCGGAGCGCCGCCGCCGCCGCUCCCUACCGUGUGCCUCUUCUCCCAGGACGGCCAAGCCGUGGCCGAGACCGUGCCCAAUGCAGAGGCCUGGCAGGACGGGACCGUGCUGCAGAUCGGCGAGACCCGGUACCGCGUGGAGCGCAAUCCGCCGGCCCUGACGGAGCUCCUGCUGCCGCGCUCCCUCCUAGCGGGCUUUCCGGUGUGCCCCAAGGUUCGCGCCGAAUUCGGUUCCCCCGCUCACUGUCUUUUCCGCUGGUACCAAGAGCAGAAAGCAGAGCCGGCGGCGGCGGCGGCCGCUGCGACCGGCUGGGUGGAAGCGCCGGGGGGCAGUGAGCGAGUCUUCACGCCUACCAACGCGCACAUUGGGCUACGGCUCAAGCUGGUCUGCACGCCGGCCAACGAGCUGCGGCGUUACGGUCUGGCGCGCGAAGUGGAGAGCGGCGGCCCCGUGGAGGCCGGCCCGGGCGCCUGCACCUUCGACGCGCGGCAUCUCUACACCAAGAAAGUGACCGGGUCGGAGCUCAUACGCACCGUGACUUACAACAUCCUGGCUGACAUCUACGCCCAGACCGAGCUCUCCCGGACCGUGCUGUACCCCUACUGUGCUCCGUAUUCGCUGGAGCUCGACUACCGGCAAAACCUUCUCAAGAAGGAGCUGGUCGGUUAUAGUGCCGACAUCAUCUGCCUGCAGGAGGUGGACAAGUCGGUCUUCACGGACAGCCUGGGCCCCGCGCUUGACGCGUUUGGCCUUGAAGGGCUCUUCAGGCUCAAGGAGAAGCAACACGAGGGCUUGGCCACCUUCUACCGAAGAGACAAGUUCAGCCUGCUCAGCCAGCAUGACAUUGCCUUAAACCAGGCGCUGCUGGAAGAUCCUGUACACAAAGAACUAAGAGACCAGUUGGCCCCCUAUCCUGAAGUGCAGGAAAAGGUGCAGCAGAGAUCAUCUGUCCUGCAGGUUUCAGUUCUUCAGUCUACAAGUGAUCCUUCCAGAAAGGUUUGUGUUGCUAACACCCACUUAUACUGGCACCCAAAAGGUGGAAACAUCCGACUAAUCCAGGCUGCAGUAGCAUUGUCCCAUAUUAGGCAUAUCACACACAAUGUGUAUCCUGCCACUCCGAUUAUUUUCUGCGGAGAUUUUAAUAGCACACCAUCGACUGGAAUGUAUAGUUUUGUUAGUAAUGGUAGUAUUACUGAAGAUCAUGAGGACUGGGGCUCAAAUGGAGAAGAAAAGCCAUGCAGAAUGUCUCUGACCCAUCCACUUAUGCUUAAAAGUGCUUGUGGAGAACCAGCCUACACUAAUUAUGUUGGUGGCUUUCACGGAUGUUUGGACUACAUCUUCAUUGAUGCAAAUACACUAGAGGUUGAACAAGUAAUUCCACUGCCAAGUCAUGAAGAAGUAACCACUCACCAAGCCUUACCAAGUGUUUCACACCCAUCAGAUCAUAUAGCACUAAUAUGUGAUUUGAAGUGGAAGUAGGAAAAAAUAGAUUUAAAAUUCACAUGCAUUGUAUCAGAUUUUUCAGCUCCUUGUAACAGGUCAUACCUUUACCCAGACUGCUCUUCUGAUUAAUGGUCCCUUUUUAUGCUUAUAAGCAAAGCAGUCAAUGUUUAAUGAUUUAAAUUGUAUUAUCCUUAUUUUGGGGUGGUUUUUACAUGAUGAUUAAGAGCAUUUUUGUUUAAAUUGUAGUCAUAAUAUGAUGGAAAACAUAGCUCUUUUUUAUACAAAUUGGAACAGGUAAAGAGAGUUUUGGUAUUUUCUGUAAGUAGCAUGCCCACUCAGUCUGUUGUACUUUUUGAGAAGGUACUCUUGAACUGCCCAACUGUUUACAUGUAAGUCACUAUUAUAAACCAUCCAUAUUAAGUUUCACAUUCCAAAAAACUGGCAAUUGCCUCUCAUGUUUUGCAACUACGUAAUGUAACUCAAAAUUGGUGUACUUAAAUAAAAAUCAUGUCUAUA